AUGUCUCAUUACAGAGAACGGGACUGGGACGACCCCAGAGGUUCGGUCACCAUCAAGCGGUACGUUGUACCGGCAGAAGAGGAGGUUGAUCGCGACCGAGAAUUUGUCUUUCGUCGCGACGACCCUGUCGGCGAACGAGAACUGGUCGUGCGUCGGACCAGUGAGUGGGAGCAGCAGCCAGUCAUGGUCCAGCGCUACGAGCGGGACUCUGACUACGACUCGCGCCGUUAUGUGAAAGACGUGCGCUCCGAGAGGGACUACUACGAACGUGAGUACAGCCAACCCGGGGGCCUCCGUCGCUACGCAUGCUCGGAUGAGUAUCUGCCUCGCCCGGUGCUGCCCCCGCAGACCAUCGUCAUUCGCGAGCAACCGGUAAUCAUUAAAGAAGCCCGAGGUCCUAUCUAUGUCUCCCCGCGCGAGUCUGACUACGAGAUUGUCCAGCGCUCCGAGAUUGUGGACCGCGAUCCCAGGGACGCCGAGUAUAUCUACCAGCGGCGAGUCCGCGAGUACGAGGACGAGCGCCCUCGCCGUGAGCUGAGCCCCCGCGACUCGGUCUCCCAGGUUAGCCGCCGCCGUGACCGCCGCCGUGAAGACGAGGACAACUACAGCAGCGACGACAGCAUGGUCUACAUCCGCAAAGAAACUCGCGAGUACGACGGCAGCCCCUACCAUCACGGCCGCCAUCUGGCCGAGGGCGCUCUUGUCGGCAUUGGCGCCGCAGAAAUCCUGCGGGACCAUCACAAGAGAGAGGGCACCGAGGUUUCCCACGGCAUAGGCCGUCUGGGCCGAGAUGUUGGGGCCGGCGCCCUUGGUGCCGUCGCCGCCAAUGCUGUCUCGCGCGCUCGCAGCUACUACCGCAGCAAGAGCCGCCAUCGCGCUCAUUCCGUUGAUGAGUUCAUCGACGACCAUCGCGGUUCACACCGGCAUAGCCGUCGUCAUCGCAGCCGUAGCCACCGCAGUCGCAGUCGCAGCCGCAGCCAAUCUCACUCCCGCACCAAGACCCUGAUGGAGCUCGGCCUCGGAGCGGCAGCCAUCGCGGGCGCUGUCGCUCUGGCACGCAACAAGUCCAAAGAUAAUGACAAAGAUGACCGACGGAGUCGCUCUCGACACCGCCGCUCCUCCCGAUCCGUCCGGAGAUCCGCCAGCAAUGAGGGAGACCCCGCGCGCAGCCAGUCCCAGCGUCGCAAGCACAUGGUCGAAGCCGGUCUUGCCGGAGCCGCCGUCGCCGGUCUGGUUGAACAUGCUCGCAGCAAGUCACGUUCCCGCAAUGGGGAGCGGUCCCGCUCACACAGUCGGAUCCGCAAGGCUUUGCCCGUAGUCGCCGCAGGCCUGGGAACCGCUGCUGCCGCCGGCCUCUAUGAGAACCACAAGGACAAGAAAGCCGAUGAGAAGGCUGAGGAGCAGGGACGACGGUCCCGCUCAAAAAGCAGAGCCCGGGACCCCGCCGGCUUGAUUGAAUAUGGCGAUCACCCGGUGUACGGCAGCAUCCCCACGGCAGACUACUACGGACGUCCCCCGAGCGAUCCUGGCUACUAUUCGAACAAUCCAGAGCCCGUGAGUAACCGUCGGCGCAGCCGGAGCCGCAGUCUCAGCCGCGCUGCUGCACGAUACUCCAGCAGCCCAUCCGACUCGGACCGAGACAGCCAUCGGCGCCGGAGUCGGCAUCGCAGCCGAUCUCGUGGCGUCGCCGAGGCUGCACUGGCCGCUGCGGGCGUGGGCUAUGCGGCGCACAAGUACAAGGAGCACCGUGCGAAUAAGAAGGCAGAGCAUGACCGAAAAGGCUACGAUGGCGAGGAAAGUGAUCGGCAGCGCGAUCCCUACGAGGAACCGUACAACCCAGAGCCCUAUCUGCCAUCUCCUCAUCCUGGAGCCUCUGGCCCGGCGUCCGGCGACCCGUACUCCCCCAACGGCAGCUACUUCCCUCCACCUCCGGGAGCCCCAGUGAUCUAUGGCCCAGAAAAUACCCACUACCCUCCUCCGCCGGCGCCGGCUCCAGUCCCUCCUGGGGCUGGGCCCCAUCCACCCCAAUCGUACAACUACCCGCCCCCGCCGACGGGGGAGCAGCCUUACUCACCAAUGCCUCGUCGGGCUGAUGAGAAUGUGAGUGCCGCAUUGAGAUCCACCCUUGCCCCUAACCAGCACCACAUGCAAGAUGGUCUAAGAGAGCUGUCAUCGACUGGCAGGCCGAAAGAGUCCCCCCCACAAUCCAAAUCCGUUGCUUUCAACCUCGACCCUGGAACUCGUGCUGACCCCGGCUAUGAAACCGAUGACAGCGACUCAACCAUCAAUGAGAGCGAGUCCAGUCAUCAUCGCCAUCACCAUCACCAUCAUGAGGAUCAAUAUCACCAUCACCAUCACCAUCACCAUGAUCAUGAUGAUCCUUCCCAUUCAUUAACCCUGCCCGAAUCUCCUGCCAGCGCAGCUGCUUCUUCAAACCGUACUAAACUUCCAGAAUCCGACUCCGACGCCACUGUCAACUUACCCGAUCGCUUCGACUCGCAAGGCCAUCUCCUCCCUGAGAAAGAAGCAUCCGAUCCCUUGGCUGAUCAUAUCCAUGGGCUUCUCUCUGGAAUCACCAAAGUUUUGUUCUAA